AUGCGUCCAUCGCACCUCACGCUGUACAACAGCCUCAAAAGCCCAUCAUCCAGGUCGACCCUUGCUCGCUCUCUCCCCCCAUCACUUGCCUCGUCUUUGCGUCUCCUCACCCCUUCGCGUGUCGGCUCCGCUACCUCCUCGUCCCCCCACCGCACUUUGACCCACGUCCGCACUAUGAGCAACUGGCCUACCAACAUUACCAAGGAGAACCCCCUCGGUCUCGAUGACCCCACCCUCUUCAUCCAGAGCGGUAUUAUCGACGGCAAGAAUGUCCAGGCCCAGAACGGCGAGACCUUUGAGGUGACCGACCCCCACUCGGGCAAGGUUCUUGGUACCGUCCCCGACAUGACUGUCGAGGACGUUCGCAAGGCCGUCGACGUCGCCGCCGAGACCUUCAAGACAUUCCGCAACACGAGCAUCAUGGAGCGCCAAAAGAUGCUUUUGCGGCUGCACGACCUGCUCAUCAAGCACGACAGGGACAUUGCCCGUCUUAUUGUGUGGGAGAACGGCAAGGCUUGGGCCGAUGCGUACGGCGAGGUUCUCUACUCGGCCUCGUACAUCCAGUGGUUUGCCGGUGAGGCUGUUCGCCAGUACGGCGACGUUGUUCCCUCGGCCAUCCCUGGCCAGCGUAACGUUGUCAUCAAGCAGCCCAUCGGCGUCGCUGCUCUCCUCGUCCCCUGGAACUUCCCCGCAGGCAUGAUUGCUCGCAAGGUCGCUCCAGUCAUUGCCACUGGCUGUACCGCCGUCGUCAAGGUCCCUGCCGAGACCCCCUACACCAACCUGGCUCUCUGUGAGCUCCUCAAGCGCGCUGGCGUCCCCGACGGUGUGGUCAACGUCAUCACCACCGACAAGAACCUGAUCGCCAUCGGCAACGAGAUGACUACCAACAAGAAGAUCAAGAAGGUCUCGUUCACCGGUUCCACUCGUGUUGGCAAGCUCCUCGCCGAGCAGGCUGCUGGUACCCUCAAGAAGCUCUCGCUCGAGCUCGGCGGCAACGCCCCGCUCAUCGUUUUCGAGGACGCCGACAUCCCCACCGCUGUUGCCGGUACCAUUGCGUCCAAGUUCCGCGGUUCGGGCCAGACCUGCGUCUGCGCCAACCGCAUCUACGUUCACGAGGACAUUUACGACGAGUACGCCCGUCAGCUCGUGGACAAGGUGUCCAAGUUCAAGGUCGGCUCUGGCUUUGACGAGGGUGUGACCCACGGCCCGCUCAUCACCGACCGCGCAGCAGCCAAGGUCCAGGAGCACAUCGACGAUGCCGUGAGCAAGGGUGCCACCGUCCUCGCCGGCGGCUCUCGCCAGGGUAACGCCGUGCAGCCCACUGUCCUGGGCAACGUCCCCCAGGACUGCCUCCUGACCACGGAGGAGACCUUUGGUCCCCUGGCCGCGCUUAUCAAGUUCAAGGACGAGGCACACGUCCUCGAGCUCGCCAACGACACCGAGGUCGGUCUCGCUGGAUACUUCUUCAGCAAGGACGCCGACCGCAUCUGGCGUGUCGCCGAGGCGCUCGAGUGUGGCAUGGUCGGUGCCAACACCGGUGCCAUCUCCCAGGCCCAGAUUCCGUUCGGCGGAUGGAAGGAGUCGGGUUACGGCAAGGAGGGUGGUUACGAAGGUACCGACGAGUACCUCUGUAAGAAGGUGAUUGCUAUCGGCAAGAACAUCGGCAGCCCUUAA